CAAUUUCCCAAAUAUCCUGUGUUGCCCUGUGUCGUGCCAGUCUCCAAUCUUUGUUGUAAUCCAUUUUUUUGGCGACCCCAAUGGGCUCAGAUGUCUUGUCGAGUUACUAGCCAUUUUUUCCAGCCGCCUGCCUGAGCUCUCCGGCUCCAAAAGGCAAUGGAGGCGAGUACGGCUACCGAGCACAUGCCGGCCCCCUCGGUGGGGAAGAAGGAGAAGGAGAAGAGGUUUCAGUGUCAACAUUGCCAACGCAUGUUUGCUCGCUUGGAGCACUUGCAACGCCAUGAACGAAUACAUAGCGGUGUCAAACCAUUCAGCUGUGCUGAGUGUAAUUAUUCGUUUACCAGAAGUGAUCUACUUGUGCGCCAUGAGCGAUUAACACACCAUAAAGAAAAUGGACAACAAAAGCCUGCCCAAACGCCAACGGCCGACGAAGGUCAAACCAGAGAGAGUCGGCCUAGUAAGCGUUUGCGAUCAAGUUUUGACGCUGGGAGGCCUGUCCCACAGCUCCCUAGUAUGAUGCCGACACCAGCUGCUGCCAAUGUAGAGGUGCAGCAUGAACAUCGUCUGCACCCUCCUCUCCCACCUGUAAACCUAACUCCAAACAAUGAUCAUGAAGAGUUUUCCCUAGCCGCACUUUCGAUGGCUGCCGAGUAUCAGGCUUUGCAUGGGGCAUUGAUCGGCAAUGGGUCUUCUAACCACGAAGUGUCUGGUCCUAUGCCAAUGCAGGAUGAGCAUAUAGCAAGGACCAUCGAACAACCAAUGACAACGGCAACGCCAAUGGACGUUCAUGGCCCUAGCUUGGGCGAUUCUCUGGAUAGCCUCGCUGCUUUUCUUGAUAAUGAAUCGCUUUCAACAUUUCACUAUGCAGGACUGAUUAACACCGAACAGCCAAUGCCGUUCUUCUCGCCGGAAUCCUUCAACUACGGACAAGACCUGAUAUCUACUAACACCACUCUUGCACCAUCCGGUCGUGUUAAUGGAUCAAAUCAACAUGAAGAGACGACCACAUUUUCUCGUUUUGGAUCGCGAUUACCAUCGUUACAACCAGACGAUCAGAAUCAAACAACAGAACAACAGAGAAGGCUUCUUUCGGAUGUUUCCAUCGCGGACCGGCAAAUGAUUGCGGACAAACUUGAAGAGUUUGCGUCUGUUCUUCCUCAUGACUUUCGGCUACCUACUCGAUUGGCCCUUUGCCGCUAUCUCAGUGCCUACAUUUCCGGCUUCCAUGAACACAUGCCUUUUCUACACUUCCCCACAAUGACCAUAGAGAACUGCUCGAUCGAAUUGAUUCUUGCCUUGGCUGCCGUCGGAGCGCAGUACACAUUUGAAGGGGAACGUGCCGUGGAAAUCUUCCAUGCUAGCCGCGCAAUCGCCACCCAUCGGAUACGACGAAGAGAUGCCCGUUUGGUACAGAUACAUCGUCGCGCAGAAUCCGAUCGCUCUUCAUCUCAAGAUCUGGACGGAACAUCAGCUUCCCGCACACCUCCUCGCUUGGGGUCAAUAUCCGGGCCUCUUGGAUUGCCAUCUCAUUCCGAUCUGCUUUCAGUUGACGAGGAAGACUUGAUGCAAACCGCGCAAGCUUUGCUGUUGUUGAUGGCGCUCUGUACCUGGGCUAAACACAAAGAGAUCCUUCGCGAGGCCCUGGCUAUACAAAGUAUUCUCGCUACCCUGAUUCGAGACGACGGUCUUCAAAACGAGCCUUUGCGAGAGAAGCUUUCAUGGGAAGACUGGGUCCGACGAGAGACCGUGAAGCGUACAAAAUUCAUUGUAUACGGCUUUUCGAACCUGCAUUGCAUCGUAUACAACAUCCCCCCAUUCAUCUUGACAUCCGAGAUAAAACUCACCCUGCCUUGCAGUGCUUCUGAGUUCAAAGCUCCCAACGAAAAGCUCUGGAGAGAGGCGAGAAAAGACAGAUUCCAGGAAAUACACUUCCAAGAAGCGUUGCAGAGGCUGUUCUCGAAGAGCGGCCGGGACAUCACUGAAUGGAAUUCAAGUGCAGGGAACUAUGCUUUAAUCCACGCCAUCAUCCAGCACAUAUUCUUCGCGCGCCAGGUCGCGAGAGGUCGAUUUGACAACUCGGCUGAUCUCAGCAAAGACGACGUGGUUUCGCUUGAGAACGCUCUGAGGAACUGGCAGAUCGGCUGGACGCGAAACCCAGAGUCGUCGCUUGAUCCCAUGAGCCAGAACGGGCCGGUGGCAUUCAAUUCGACUGCGUUGCUGCGACUGGCUUACAUUCGCUUGUACGUUGACACAGCGGGGCGGGCACUGGAAACUCGCGAUCCGGUACUCAUUGCCAAUGCUCUCCGCCAGGGGUCCGCAGUUCGCCGAACAACAAAAAUCACGCGAGCUGUUCUUCACUCAGCGCACGCGCUCAGUAUUCCCAUCAAAAUCGGAUACAGACUCGUCGCGAAGACGCAAUUUUUCAUAUGGUCUAUCCAACAUUCUCUGUGCACCCUGGAAUGCGCGUCAUUAUUGAGCAAGUGGCUGGAAGCCCUAUCCUUCCCCAACCCCGACCCACCUAUAUCCGAGGACGAGCGCAGGAUAGCCGCUAUUGUGAGGGGCAUGCUCGACGAAACGGAGUUUGCCUUACCGGCCAACAUCACGGAGGAUUCUCCGGGAUACACGAAGCACCUGAGUGCUGGAGUGCUCAGGGUGUGGGCAACAAUCUUCAGAGGUGCACAGACAUGGGCCAUUGUCGAUGUAAUCGGAAAUGCUCUUAACCUAUAUGCGGAUAUGGUCGAAGCUGAAUGAGCCUGAUGGAUAGGGAAUUCGAUCCGUGCAGGUACCUGGAGUUGG